GGCACCGGGCGGAAGCGGAGCUGGGAGGGGGGCGGGAGGCCCCGGGCGCGACCCCGCGGCGGAGGGGUGAAGCGAGGUGAGCGGCUGAGCCGACGGCAGCGGGACCAAAGACACGGGCUGCCAUGGCGGGGCCGCGGCUCUUCGGGCGGCUGCGGGCGGCGGUGCUCGGCGUGGUGCAUGUGGCUGCGCUGCCAGGGACACCGAGAAAUUCUCUUCCGUUGGCACAAAUAAUUGAGCAAGCUUGUCAAGAAGCAGAAGAUUACAAGGAUGCUGGAGUUGAUGGUUUGAUAGUGGAGAACAUGCACGACCGGCCCUACACGCUGAGCCCUGGGCCCGAGGUGACGGCCGCCAUGACAGCAGUGGGCACAGCGGUGCGGCGGCUCUGCCCACAUCUCGCUUUGGGUGUCCAGGUGCUGUGUGCCGCCAACCAACAGGCCACAGCGGUGGCCCUUGCGGCAGGGCUUGAUUUUAUCCGAGUUGAAGGUUUUGUGUUUUCUCAUGUUGCUGAUGAAGGGAUUGUAAACGCCUGUGCAGGUGACCUGCUACGAUACAGAAAACUGGUUGGAGCCGAGAAUAUUCAGAUUUUUGCUGACAUUAAAAAAAAGCACAGUGCUCAUGCUCUGACGGCAGAUAUCAGCGUGGCCGAGACCGCCUCUGCUGCUGAGCUCUUCCUGGCUGAUGGGGUGAUACUGACUGGUACAGCAACCGGGCAGCCCGCAGACCCUGGGGAGCUGAGAGAGGUUCAACAUGCUGUGAAGAUUCCCGUGUUGAUUGGGUCUGGAGUUACUCUGGAGAAUGUGAAGAAUUACUUGGAUGCGAAUGCUCUAAUAAUUGGUUCGUAUUUCAAGAGAGAAGGUUAUUGGGCGAAUGGUGUUGAUCCUGACCGAGUGAAGAAAUUUAUGGAGCAUAUAAGUAAACUGAGAGAAUGAGUUAGUCAGCAAGCAGUGUUUUCCUUUUUGUGUACAUAAAUGCAGUGUGAUAUAUCAUACAGCAUUAAAGCACAAAUGUGCACUCAAAUGGCUGAUAACUUUAAAUGAAAACGCACAUCAUCUCUGUAACUAGCUGUGGAACGUGGUGGCACUUCACAAUGAACUGGUGCUGUGGUCUUUGUUUCUAGGCCAUAUGUUUCCGUGGCACUCAAAGUCAUCGCCAAGACAAAACCAGCCCUCCAGAUGAGCAUGUAGCAUAUUCUCUCCUAUAAGUAAAGUGCUCACGCACUUUUAAGAAUUAGUAGUAAAUGCUCAUUGCAGGAUGAGCUGAGUUUUGUUUUGCAUGUUAAUACAAUAGGACACCCUAAGUUUACAGCUAACAGUAUUGUAAAUUGGACAAGUUAAUUAGCCUUUCAGUUUCCCCAUCUGUAAAAUGAUGAUAAUAGUACCUACAUCACAGGGGGGUUGUAAGACAUAAUGAAUGGAUGAAGGUACAGCACUUUCAUCUCCUCAAAUGAAGGGCUCUAUUAAAGUUCAAGAUCAUUAUUUUUUCAUUAGAAUUGUGCAUUUAUUACAAAAAUGUAGUAAUUGUAUACCAUACAAAAAUUUAAGAUAAUUGGGAAAUUGAUUUACCUACAAUACUUAUUAGAGAAUAAAUGUAAAUAUUUAAUUACA